AUCACGUCCUGCGACAACCUUCUAUCUGCGCAGCAUCCGUACAACCUUUUGACCUAGAAAUACCUCUCUGAUUCUCUGAAAAGCAAAUAGAAAAGACAAUCGCAAUGGUUCAGACUGAAUUCAAGCUCAACACUGGCGCUACCAUCCCCGCCGUCGCUCUGGGAUCAUGGCAGUCCGGUCCCGGUGAAGUCGCCCAAGCCGUCGAGGCCGCCAUCAAAUGCGGCUACCGUCACGUCGAUGGAGCCUUCAUGUACAAGAACGAGGAGGAAGUUGGCCAGGGAAUCAAGAAGUCUGGGAUCGACAGGAAAGAGCUGUUCGUGACCACCAAGUUGUGGUCGACUUACCACCGAAACCCGGAGGCUUGUCUGGAUGAGAGUCUGAAGAAGUUGGGGUUGGAUUACGUGGAUCUUUAUUUGAUGCACUGGCCUGUUCCUCUCAACCCUAAGGGAAACGACCCCUACCUCCCCACCCGACCCGACGGCAGCCGAGACCUGGACACCGACUCCUGGUCGUACAUCAAAACCUGGCAAGCCAUGGAGGGCCUCAUGUCUACGGGCAAGGUCAAGGCGAUCGGAGUAUCCAACUGCUCCAUCGCCUACCUGGAAGAGAUCUUGAAGAUCGCCAAGGUCGUACCGGCUUGUGAUCAGAUGGAAGUGCAUGUUUUGAACCCGGAGUUGAAGUUGAACGACUUUUGCAAGAGCAAAGGGAUCGUGCUCCAAGCCUACUCUCCCCUCGGAUCCACCGGCUCGCCGUUGAUGAAGGAACAGAUCGUCCAGGAUAUUGCCAAGAAGCACGAUAUCGAGGCUGGAAACGUCUUGCUCUCCUACCUCAACAACAGGGGGAUCGUCGUUCUGCCCAAGUCUGUGACCCCCUCGAGGAUUGAGAAGAACCUCAAGAUCGUCGAUCUCGACAAGGAGGACAUCGAGGCCUUGAACAAGUUCGCCAAGGAUUCGGGCAAGUUGAAGAGGUUCUGCAACCCUCCUUGGGGAGUCGAUUUCAAGUGGGACGAGCAGAUCUAAAUUGUCGCUCGACCGGAAAAGAAGAGGAGGAAGCAGCAUCAAGGACGGGUUUAUCGAAUUCAGCAUACAGGCGUCAACAUAAAUUUCUUAAGAUAGCAGUUUGGAGAGAAUCAGAUGGAUGUGUUGCUACGAGCAGGUUGAAUGCAUAUAUCGAAUACCUUUUAGGGUACCUGACAGCACGAUCGAUCGAAAGGCUAGAGAUUGCGAGCUAUCUAAGAAUCGUCUUUUCCCUCUGCUUUCUGCUUCGGCGUGCUUCCUGAUCUCAAAGGAAGGCCCUC